ACCAGCCCGGUUUGGACCUGGAACUGGACCCAUCUGGCUGAAUGAGGUGGAGUGUGAGGGGAACGAGACGUCCCUGUGGAACUGCAGAUUUCAGCUGUGUGGAGAGGAUGAAUGUGGACACAAGGAUGAUGUAGGAGUCGUGUGUUCAAGUAAAGAGUGUGUGGUCCCAUACUGAGGUCCCAUAAAUCAAAAGGAUAUAAGUCUACAAAGUCAAAAGAUUUUGAGAUAUAUCAAUAAGUGUAAUUUUAUGCUACACAGUUUUACUGUGAUUCAAAAAUACACACGUCACAGAAAGACAUACUGAUGAUCCUCAAUUCUUAAUUACAGAUUGUCCAGUGUUUUUGAGAAACUGAUUCAUAUUGCAUAGUAACCCGAAUUAACAAUUCAUAAAGCAUUCAGCAAAAAUAAUAAAUAAAUUGUCAGUGUCCGUCAUCUUUUUCCCACCAGAGUUUAAAGAGAUCAGACUCACUAGGGCUGUGAGGGGAAUCUGGAAGUGUUCUACAAUGGAACCUGGGGUAAUGUGUGUGUAAAUGGGAUGGGUGAAGAAACAAUAAGUCUCGUCUGUCAGGAGCUGAAUUGUGGAAGAUCUGGCACUGAGAGACCUACCAAAGCAAGAGUGGAAUCAGCUUCUAACUGGCUGGAUAAUCUGAAAUGUAGGAGACAUGACUCCACUCUGUGGCAUUGUCCAUCUUCACCCUGGAGACAGAACUACUGUGAUAACCACAAUGAAGUGGCUCACAUUACCUGCUCAGAAGGUGAAAAUGAACGUGUAUUACGAAGCCAUCUAAAAUGCUCCUCAACUCCCCAUUACAGACAGUGCUCAAAUCACCUGCCUCUCAGGCUGAGAGGAGGAAAAGGAAGCUGCUCUGGGAGGCUGGAGGUGUAUCAUAAUAAAAUAUGGGGCUCCGUCUGUGAUGAUCUGUGGGACAUCGGGGACGCUCAGGUGGUCUGUAGACAGCUGGGCUGUGGGCCGGCGCUGAGUGCUGAUGGGAGUGCUGUCUUUGGUGCUGGUGAAGGGCCUAUCUGGCUGAACAGAGUGAAGUGUAGAGGGAAUGAGAUUCACCUGUGGGACUGUCCUCAUUCCCUGAAGAACCACACUGACUGCUCCCACAGGCAGGACGCUGGAGUCACAUGUGCAGAUCAGAGGAGUCUGCUGGAUUUUGGGGUUUUUGACUCCAUUUAAAAUAAUUUUAUCACAGUGUUAAUUAACUGCAAAGCCGUCAUCAAUUUUAAAUUGC